CUUCAAGAAUGGACCAUGAUUUGGACAGCCAUUUCCAUGGCACGGUGAGCCAUGGCCGGCUGGGAUUUGCGCUAUAUUUCUGAGGCGCGCCUAAAGAAUGAUCAAGAGCCAGAGGAGGAGGACCAGCAUGAGAGCAACACAAACGGCAAUGAUUCCCUUUCUCAGGAGGUUUUGGAGGCCUUUGCCCAGGACCUACCCUGCCCACCGCGGCAGCAACCUCCCUUUGCGUGGAAAGUCGCCAGUGAGUUCGAGCGGGAGUUCGAAAUCAGCGGCUCGGAGUUCGAUGUUGUGACCAAACUUGGGGACUUCAAGGAUCCUCACUGGGUGGUGCCGGUGGGUGGGACGCUGCGUCUGCUCAAGGGGGGCAUCUACCGUUGGAGUCUGCGCUUGGAACACAUCUGUGCACAUCGGCCUCAGAUGCAGAUCGGCGUUCAUGGUGCCAAUCAUCGCAGGCCUUGGCGCCUUCUGACCACCACGCGCUGCUCCAGAGCGAAAGAUGAGGAUCCGUGGCAAGAGAAACCGGGUGGUGACAGGAUGUUGGUCGAAGGUGACUACAUCCAUGUUGAGGUGGACCUCCGGGGCCUCCACUUGCCCUUCGGCACCAUGGCGGUGGCCAUCAAUGGAGAGCCCUCGGAGGUGAUCUUUGAUGACAUCGCCCUCACCACGGGAUCCUCGCUGAUGCCCGUGGUGUGCAUGGGUGGACAUAUGUCUCGUGUGCGUCUGAUGCCAGCCUCGUGAGCGAAUAAGGCUCGCAUAGACGCGUCGGUUGGCUAUGUCCGAUCGAGCCCGGUCUAGAGCUGAUGACUCAGCAAGGCUCAAAAUGCGGUGCGAUUCACUCGUGCUCUUACCAAGGGAAUUGGGAUGCUUUUGGGCAGCCAAAGUGAUUGGGAUGCGCUGUUUUAACAUUGAGGCUUUUGCCUCCUAUUUAUGUAUUGACCAAUGCCCAGAGGUUUUUUUCAUGUGCAUCGGAUCAGUGUUGGCAAGAUCCUUCUGACGG